GCGGAGCGGCGGGGGACCCGGCGCGGCCACUGGCAGCGGUGGCACCAUGCAGCAGGAAGCUGAGGGCGGCCGGCCGCGCCGCAGGAAGCCAGACAUGGCCCUCUACGUGCCCAAAGCGCGGCGGGAGAGAGCAGCACAAGCGGCGGGCAGUGCAUCAGCCGGGCACCACGGGGAGGCUGAGAACCACCGCCUGGUGCAGGACACUUGCCAGGGCAGCAGCGAGGGGCAGAGGCAAAGCCCCCGUGCCAGGACACAGGUGGGCAGAGUGGCAAGGAGGGAGAGCAAGGUGGACGCUGGCCCAAAGGAGCCACGGGCAGCCUCUGCCAGGCACAGCUUGAGGCUGGGAGGCAACUGCCCCAUUGCACCAGAGAGCCUGAGAGCAUCACCCAGCAUAGGGGAGCCGUGCCUGGAUCCAGCUGUUGCUCAGGACAAAGCAUCCCAUGAUGAAGGACUUGGGGAGGUCAGCCACGGCCGACAGAUGAUGAGGACUCAGCCUGACUCUCCAUCCUCACUGAGUGCCCAGCCUGGGGCUGUGGAGGCUACCCUUGAGCCUGGGAUUGACCUCACUAGCCUAAUGCCUGCCACUAGCCCAACACCAGCAUGUCAGACAGGGAUGAGUGGUGUGCCAGAGAUGUCCCCAGGUCCAGCUGGGGGUGUCUCCCAGAGCCCAGGAGAGGGUGUCCUGCAGCCGGCAGGGCUGGGUGACCAGAGCAGUGUGCCCAGGCUGGCAUGGGAGGCUCCGGGUCUGAAAGCCCAGGAGGAGGAGAGGGAGUGUGUGGGGUCUCUUCAGGCAGGGCAGAGCGAGGGCUGUGCCACUGGGGUUCCAGAGGAUGAGGAAGAGAGGUGGGGAGGCAUGGCAGAGAGUGCCUUGGGAGCACCAGGAGCCAGCUGCAAACCCGAGAGCUCAAGGGUUGGCAUGGACGAUGCUCCAGUACUCCCAGGAGAGAGCACCCUGGGGCAGGGCAUGGGCAGCCCAUCCCAGCUCCCUCCCAGCAAGGAGGAGAGCACUGCUUGUGCUGGGCAUCCUGGUGGGGAGGGAGAUCCGGUGACUGCUGUGGAGGGAGUGGGCAGCCCUUCUGCCUGCACAGAUGGCAGCACCGGCACUGAGAGUGGCCGGCUGGGUGCUAGCGAGGAGCCGGCGAGCGGAUCAUGGGAUGGGGCACCCUCAGGGAGCCGGGAGCCCCUGGCGCCUCUGGAGCUGCUGUGCCAUGGUGUAGAGGAACUCUCACCCGCAGCCUGGGCUGAGGAGCCAGCAGGGGCAGAUGAGGAUGCAGGCUUGCCACAGCAGCACCAGUGCGGCCAGGAGUCCAAGGAGGAGGAGAGAGGUCUCCGUAGCAGCUCCCCAAAGGAAGGGCAGACCAGCACCAGCACUGGAACCCCAAACCAGGCCAGCCCAGGUGCUGAGGAGAGCUGGGACAUGCUGUUCAAUGACGAUGGAGACUGUCUAGACCCACGCCUGCUGGAGGAGCUCUCAGGGGGUGAGAAGCGGCGGGAGAGCCGGCAGUCACCUGGCUUUGACUACUAUGGGGCUGAGCCCGCUGCACCGGACAUUGGCGAUGAUGAGCUGCCCCACGUCAUCGAGAUCUAUGACUUCCCCUCAGAUUUCCGCACUGAGGACCUGAUGCGUGUCUUCUGCAGCUAUCAGAAAAAAGGCUUUGAUAUUAAGUGGGUGGAUGAUACACAUGCCCUGGGUGUCUUCUCCAGCCCCAUAACAGCACGCGAUGCCCUCAGCACCAAGCACCUGAUGGUGAAGACACGUCCACUCUCCCAGGGUACCCGUGCCUCUAAAGCCAAAGCCAGGGCAUAUGCUGAAUACCUUCAGCCAGCCAAGGAGCGCCCCGAAACAUCAGCUGCCCUGGCCAGACGGCUGGUGAUCGGUGCCCUGGGAGUCCGCAGCAAGCAGACACCAGCCCAGCGAGAAGCUGAGCGGAGGAAGCUGCAAGAAGCCCAGGAGAGGAAGCGCCUGGAGAACAAGCAGCGGGAGGAUGCCUGGGAGGGCCGGGACUGAGCCUGGAGGCUGCACCUUCAGCCCCACUGGCAACCCCGCUGGGCUGCCCAGGCCCCUCUGUGUGGGCAGGCAGGGCACCCUGCAUCUCAGAGCUGGGACGGGUCCUGCACCGCAUCCAAAAGCACUGGGCUGCUUCACUGAAAGGGCUGAGCAGGUGCAGCUGAGCAGGCUGGUUGGUGCCUUGCGGAUGCUGUCGCCUGUCGGGCAGCGCUGCCCAUCCUGCCCAGAGCAGGACCUGCCUUUGGCACUGGAAGCAGCAGCAUGGGGCUGCGUGGGGCGGCCCUGGCCACCUGGCAGGGCCUUGCGAGGAAGAGUUUGUCCUUUAUUUUGCUAAUAAAUGCCAUCUAUUUUAUU